AGCACAUGUCGUCGCUUCACCUUGCACCCUCCCACUCACCGAUUCCACGAGACUCGACAAACAGCAUCUGUCUUCUUCAGCCGGUGAUGAGACAGGAAGCUUGAAAAGGAGCUUCAGUCCAUCAUGGCUAUCCGUGAGGACAUCGUUGCCUCUGCAGCGCAAUUCCUGCAGGAUCCUAGCGUGGCUUCAUCGACAGUCGAGAACAAGAUCUCGUUUCUUCGGACCAAGAACCUGACGCAGGAGGAAAUCGAUGCGGCGCUCGCCCGGUCCGGCGGACAUGCGCCGCCAUCCGGCCCGCCAGCGCAAUACAGCGGCCCGCCGUCGGGGCCUCCUCAACCUUACUACCAGCAAUACCCACAAUAUGCGUGGCAGCCGCCGCCACCAGCUCCCAGGAGAGACUGGCGAGACUGGUUCAUAAUGGCGACGGUUGUCAGCGGCGUGGGGUACGGUCUGUAUUCGCUGGGCAAGCGCUACGUGUAUCCUCUUGUCGCACCGCCGACGCCUGAGCGACUAGAACAGGACAAGAAGUCUAUCGAGGAGCAAUUUGACAAGGCCUUUGCGCUGGUAGAGCAACUUGCCAAGGACACCGAGGCGCUCAAGGCGGCAGAGCAGCAGCGGACGGAGAAGCUGGACACAGCAAUCUCGGAACUCGACACGGUCAUGGCGGACCUGAAGGCGGCCAAUCGCCGGCGCGAGGACGACGCACAGCGCAUCCGCGACGAGGUGCAGGGGCUCAAGGAGGCUAUCCCCAAGGCCAUGGAGAACCAGAAGACGCUGACGGACACGAGGCUGUCCGAGAUCAACACGGAGCUCACGAGCUUGAAGACGCUGGUGUCGCAGAGGAUGUCCUCGAACGCGGCGCCAACGGCCGCGCCAACGGGAAGCAGCUUCGCGCGCGCAGGCGGCAGUGUGGGCGGAACCCGCGUGCCGCAGCCGACGGUCGAGAGCGUCCCGGAGAGCAGCAACGCCAGCACGCCGGCUGCCGUCGAGCCGCCCAAGAGCCUCGCGCAGAGCAGCUUCAACCGUCCGGGCGGCAGCGGAAAGGCUUCGAUUCCGGCAUGGCAGAUGGCGGCCGCCAACAAGAGCGCGGCGUCGUCGAGCGCGACGAACGGGGAGACGACGGGUGGCGGCGAGGAGAAGGAGGCGAGCAGCAGCUCUUCGUAAGACUGAGGAUAUUGUACUAUUUACGCUUGGCUCCGUUGCAUCGCAUGCACUCGUGCGGGUACGGACGGAGGAGACAGAGUUGGGUGGGUAGCGGCCGGCACGUGUAACUAACUAUUCGAACCCGGAAGCCUCAGUGCGCGAGGCAAUUCAUAGCAAAUUUGUAUAUGACGAUGCGCAAUCAGGGUCGCAUCGAGAGGGCCCGAUGCACCGCGCACGGCUUGCGUGCGAGCGCAUUGAGAUUGCCUUUUACUGUG